CGUAAGAAUGGCUGCUGAAGUUGUAAACACGCCGAAAGAACAGCGUUUGUUUUGACGAUCCGUGGCGUCUUGGCAACGGGGAAGCGCUGGCGCUGUUCUUCAGAUGAUAGAGCAGAAUAUGUUGCACGUGGAACCCGAGGUGACAAAACUGUGAUGUAGUACUUCUAACGUCUUCACGCCAGUAAGCCAUCGUUGAUAGUAGUGCGUGACCUGACCCAUUAGCCUUGACCUUGACCUGACCUACCGAGCCAUCAUGGACUUCAUCCUCCUCUUCACCAUCUACAUAUCCCUUUUUGGAUUGUUUGUCGUGUUUUACUUGUUUGGAAACCACCCGUUGCUGAAUAGUGGUGUGGUGGGCAGACUGAAGGAAAACGUAAUACAGACUGUGAUGUUCUGCAUCCCAAGCUCAGUCCUCCAGAUCGGAUCCGACUCUGCAUACUACCUGUUUAAUACAAGAAACCACAUUAUGCAGUGUGUGUUUGGCCUGUUGGUUCUGAUGGGUCACGCUAUCUGGAUGUUGGAUCUGCUGCCAGUCUUCUACACCCUGGACCCCGACACCAACCACAUCAUCGUCCCCAUCUCCAUCGCCUUCAUCAACCUGGCCUGCUUCCACUACAGCUGCACCACCAGUGCAGGGGAGAUAACCCCGACCAACCAGGAAAAGCUGUGUUCCGUGUACAAGCCCGACAAACUGCUGUACAGAUCAGGGGCUGUUUGCUGUACAUGUAAACUAGAGAAACCUCCCAGGUCCAAACACUGUAGUAUCUGUGAUAAGUGUGUGCACCGCUUCGACCACCACUGCGUGUGGACCAACAACUGCGUUGGGGCCGCCAAUGUCCGCUUCUUCAACUUCUUCCUCAUGUCCCUUGUCGUCAUGUGCCUCAACGGGGCCUACAUGUGUUUUCGGGCUCUGUACCUCAUCGUCAGUCGCAUGAAGCUGCUGCAGACGUCGUACGUCGACACUAGGACGGGCGAGGUGAAGCCCAUCACGUUAGCAGUUUUGUGUCAGCACCUGUUCAUGCAGCACCCCCGCUGUGUAUUCCUGGCAGCAUCCCUGUCUGUGCUCAUCGUGCUCCUGGGCACAUUUAUGGGCUACCACCUCUACCUGGUGGUCACCAACCAAACCACCAACGAACGAUACAAAGUGUCAUAUCUGGCUGAGAAGGAAUAUAUUGAAACAGGAGACACUCAGCGGAGGAAGAAACUCCUGGCUCAUAGACCCUAUGAUAAAGGCCUACUACAGAAUAUUUACGAAGUCUUAUUCCCUUGGAGUGUCAUCAGGUCCGCGUUGAAAGCCAAGGGGAGAUAACUCUUUACAUUCCUAUAUCCAUCACUCAGGAUUCUUUUAAGGCAGUUUAUCUAAAUGCGAGAUAACACCGAUGUAUAUGGUCCAUUACAGGUUUUCAUUUGUAUAUAUACAUAAAGAAUGUUGUCAGGUCUGUAGUACCUUAUUAACACUUGAAUUGUAUUUAUUGCUAACAGUAUUACUCUAGACGCCAAACAGACUGUAGUGAUGCUUGCUUUGAAGGAUUCCUGGAAUUCAAUCUUUAGAUAAUUGUCUUUUCUAAAGCAUUACUUCAUGGUCAAAUCUUGUAUUGGCUUGUAUCUUUUGUUAUCGAAACACAUUUGUAAAUAUGUAAAGACAAACACUCACAUCAUGGAGAUACACCUAACAAGAUGGAGAUACACGUGAUGUAGAAUAUGAAAGUAUUUAAGCUGUGAUUUAACUAGAGAUGCUGUGAUUUAAGAAAUCAUGAUUCUUGCAAUUAUUAUGAAACAUAAUCAAAUUUCACAAUCAAUUUUGAAAAGAAUAGUUACUCUGUCUGAGAAUAUGAACUGAUGUGAAAUCAUUAUUGAUACACAUUAAGUUUGUAAAUAUGAAAACAUAAAAUAUCUGUGAUGACAUUUCAAUUGAAGUCCACAUUAUUUGCUUCUGCAUUGAAAUUCAGAACAGAAAAAAGUGACAACUAUUUUUCAUACUCACGAGAUAUCUCUGCUAAAACAGAGUUGUUUGUACAAUUAAGACUAUAUGUUAAUCAUGUCUUUGAUAAUGACUAAUGUACAGGUGUCUCUGGUGAGAUGUACUAACUUGAUUACAGACGGGGGAUGCUGAUGGUGGAGGAUGCUCAUGAUGAUGGGUAUCAUUAUACAACCUGUACAUAUUAAUAUUGUCGUUCAUAUUCUGUCUCAUGUUAAAAUGUUCUUUAAUGCCUUACUUUACACCUCUGUACUUUGCAUCCUUCAUGUAUGAUGAUGAUGAUGAUGAUGAUGUCAUUAUUCAUUAGUUUUGAUAGUUGU